UUUCCAUAUGCAUGAGAAAUUUUAUAAAUAUUUGAUUUGUUAAUAUGAAUUGGAUCAUGCUUCUUGAUAACAUACAUGUUGAUUAUUAUCCUUGUUAUGAUAAAGCAUGAUCAAUUGUUGAAUCUGAAUUCUUCAUAUGAACCAGUAUAUAUUUUGGAUUGACUUAUAAAUUGAUAGCUCCUCAUUUGAUUGAUGUCAUGAGUUGAGCCUUGAGAUAUGAGUAUGUCUGUUUGAUUAUGAUUAUGAACCUUGUUGUUACCCAUUUUUAGGCUCCCACAAAAAAAAAAUUGAAAAUGAAAAAAUACAAAAAAUAUUCGAAAGAAAUCCAAAAAAUAAUAGGAGCGAGAGAAGGACUGGAAUGCUGAAAAAAAAAAAAAGAGGAAAAAAUUGGUUCAAAAGGUUCAAAAAUGCAAAAUGUUGAAAUUUAACAGUAUAUUUUUUAUUGAUAAGAGCCCUGUUGACAAAUAAAAUUCAAGUUGAGAAAAAAGUCUAAAAUCAGAUGUUUAUGGACUCAAUUAAAUUUUAUCUAAGGUUUAAUUGAAUUUAUGGAGGGUUUGAUUACAAGAAAAAAUUGAUUUUCAAGUCAACUUAAGCUUUUAUUGGAAGAAAUUAAAGUUUUGGGGUCUAAUUAUAAUUUUGAAGAGUUGAUUUAGUCAAAUCAUGCGCUUAAUUGCAUAAUUAUUGAAGUUUGGUGGUCAAUUAAGGACUUAAUUGAAACAAUCCAAAACCAAGGACUAAAUAAAAAAAAGGCGCUAAAAUCAAGGGGUCUAAUUACAAUUUUUCCGAGGGGCUUGAUUACAAAAUUACAAAAACAUCCAGGGACCAAAUCAGAAAUAUGCAUUUUGAAUUAGCAAACGGCGCCGUUUCAUUAAGAAUUGCGCGCACUGUUCAUGGUCUUCUUCAAAAGGAAAGAAACGGCUGGAAAUAAAGAGACAGGGAAGCGUUUUUGCAGAGAUAGCGGAGCUGUUUCAGGGGAGCAUGUCUCACGCGGCCAUUACCAUAUGCAUGCCAUAACGCACGAAUCCUCUGGCUAUAAAAGCCAGAAGAAGGAUCGAGCAGAGGAGGGGGAAAGGAGAAAGACGAGAACGACAGAAGGAAGAACGCAAUAGACAGGAAACAGAGGGAGAGAAGGAGAGAAAAAGAAGAAGAAGAAUGAGACAGUGAGGAGAUCGAGAGAGGAGAAAGAAGAAGAGUAAGGGAGAGCAGGGGAAACAGAAGCAAACCGAACGGAAGCAGAGGACACGUUGAAGCAGAGAACACAGCAUCUCCAUCACCGUCACCGCUCUAAAACCAGGUGCACAUUGUGUAUAUGGGAGAGAAGAGGCAUGAGGAUCCAGCAACAACCAAAAAAACUCACUAUGAAAUGCUGUCGACAUUGUUAGGCAGUAAGGAAGCAGCACAGAGUUCAAUUCUCUACAGCUAUAGGCAUGGCUUUUCUGGGUUCGCUGCAAGAAUUACAGAGUCUCAGGCGGCAGAAAUUGCAGAGUUUCCUGGUGUUGUUCAAGUAAUUCCAAAUGGGAUUCACAAGCUUCACACGACUAGAAGUUGGGAAUUCAUUGGUCUCAAACAUCAUUCUCCACAAAAUCUGUUAACACAAAGCAACAUGGGCCAAGGAACUAUCAUUGGUGUUAUUGAUUCAGGAGUGUGGCCAGAAUCCAAAAGUUUUCAUGAUGAAGGCAUGGGGCCAGUGCCAUCUCGUUGGAAAGGAACAUGUCAGCAGGGUGAGCACUUCAAGCCAUACAAUUGCAACAGAAAGAUCAUUGGGGCACGCUGGUUCGUAAAAGGAUUUCAGGAUCAAAUACAUUUCAACACAACUGAAAGCAGGGAAUUCAUGUCGCCGCGGGAUGGAGAUGGCCAUGGCACUCAUACAGCUUCUACAGCAGCUGGUAAUUUCGUUGCAAAAGCAAGCUAUAAAGGACUAGCUACAGGUUUAGCAAGAGGAGGAGCACCUCUUGCUCACUUAGCCAUUUAUAAGGUUUGUUGGAACAUUGAAGAUGGAGGAUGCACCGACGCAGAUAUUCUGAAAGCAUUUGACAAAGCCAUACAUGAUGGAGUAGAUAUCCUAUCUGUGUCUAUUGGCAAUGACAUUCCUUUGUUCUCUUAUGCCGAUAUGCGUAAUUCAAUUGCAAUUGGCUCCUUUCAUGCAACUUCAAAGGGAAUCACAGUAGUCUGUUCAGCAGGAAAUGAUGGCCCUAUCUCGCAGACAGUUGCGAAUACAGCACCUUGGCUCACCACUGUUGCAGCCUCUACAAUUGACAGGGCCUUUCCAACCGCUAUUAUACUUGGAAACAACAAAACCCUCAGGGGUCAAUCUAUUACUAUAGGUAAGCAUACUCACAGAUUUGCGGGCCUUACAUACUCUGAACGCAUAGCUUUGGAUCCAAUGGUUUCGAGCCAGGAUUGUCAGCCUGGAAGUCUAAAUCCAACAUUAGCGGCAGGAAAAAUCAUACUUUGUCUCUCAAAAUCAGAUACACAGGAUAUGUUUUCUGCUUCAGGAUCUGUGUUUCAAGCAGGAGGCGUUGGACUCAUAUAUGCGCAAUUUCACACUGAUGGGAUUGAGUUAUGCGAGUGGAUUCCAUGCGUCAAAGUAGAUUAUGAAGUAGGGACACAGAUACUUUCCUACAUUAGACAAGCUAGGUCUCCAACUGCAAAGCUGAGUUUUCCAAAGACUGUUGUUGGCAAAAGGGUAUCUCCUCGACUUGCUUCAUUCUCCUCCAGAGGACCAAGUUCAAUUACUCCAGAAGUUCUAAAGCCUGACAUAGCCGCACCGGGUGUGGACAUCUUAGCUGCAUAUACACCAGCCAACAAAGACCAAGGUGACUCGUAUGAAUUCCUAUCAGGAACUUCAAUGGCUUGUCCCCAUGUAUCAGGAAUUGUAGCUCUCAUUAAAUCCUUACAUCCAAAUUGGUCUCCUGCAGCCAUAAGAUCAGCUCUUGUCACAACUGCUUCCCAAACUGGAACAGAUGGAAUGAAAAUCUUUGAGGAGGGCUCAACAAGAAAGGAAGCAGACCCAUUUGACAUGGGUGGGGGACAUGUCAAUCCUGAAAAAGCAGCGUAUCCAGGCCUUGUUUAUGACACCACCACAGAGGAAUAUAUUCAAUACCUUUGCUCCAUAGGCUACAGUAGUUCAUCCAUUACCAGGUUAACCAAUACCAAAAUCAAUUGCGUGAAAAAGACCAAUACUAGACUUAACCUCAAUCUCCCUUCAAUCACCAUUCCAAACCUGAAAAAAAAAGUAACAGUGACAAGAAAAGUGACAAAUGUGGGAAAUGUUAAUUCAGUGUACAAAGCUAUAGUUCAGGCUCCAAUUGGCAUAAGCAUGGCAGUAGAGCCUAAAACUUUAAGUUUCAACAGGAUCAACAAAAUUCUGUCCUUCAGAGUUACCUUCUUGUCGAGUCAGAAAGUUCAGGGGGAAUAUAGAUUUGGGAGCCUAACAUGGACUGAUGGUGAGCAUUUUGUUAGGAGUCCAAUAUCUGUACGUGAUAGGGAGAUAUUAGAUUAUUGAUCCGUGCUACGCUAUGAGUUGGGUUAAAUUUUAUUUAAAUAAAAAAAAUCCAAAUGUUGCCAAUGUUUUAA